UGAGAGAGAGGAGGGAUUUGCUCUGAGUAACUUUAGGGUUGGAAAAUUGACCUAUUCUUUAUUGUUGGGAGGGUAUUUACAGGAAAGGUCCUCUUGUCCACUAACGCUACAUGACUAGUUGACACAAGGAAAAUUGCCAUCACAUAGAGCGUGAAGGACGUGCAAUGUGUGGCCCAUUUUGUUAUGUAUUCAAUUACUAUGAAGUUGCUAUGCCCAAUUGGACCCAUUAUUGCAUUCAAGAUGUGUUAACGCCCAAAACGGGCGCCUCAAGAGCAGGAGCUCAUCUUAUUAUCAAGGACCUAGAGGGCUUGCGUAUCGAACGACUGUCCUUGAUAAUGGAAGGAAGUCAUUCCUCUGGUCAGGGACAGGUGGUCAACCGAGACAUUGUCUUAGGUGGAAUCAAAGGGAGGUCAACACUUUCUAUCUUGAUGACACAUAUCCAAGUGGCGGAGGAAUAUAACAAGUGCACUAGAAAUGACAUGGUUGUUGUAUUCAUAUCUCACAUACCAACACAUGAAGGUCUAGUGGAUUAUGCCUAAUGACGAGACUUGUGUUUGAAAUGUUCGUGUUUCUUUAGUUGUUUCCUUCAAAGUGAUGGGUUUAAGUUAGACAUUUUUUUACGAUAUAAUUUUUCAAUCAAAUAUUUAUACUACUUUUUUUUUAUUGUAAAAAUUUACAUAUCAAUAAAUUAUCCAUUUUAGAAAGAAAAAAA